AUGCAACUAGAGCCCUCUGAGCAUUCCACACAGCUUUCACAGUCCGGCACUCUCUCGAUCCCCUCUCCCACAUCCCAACAUGGCUUACAGCACCAUCAGCAGCCCCUCCAUGGAGCUGGCUCUGCUUCAGGCAGUCGGAGCGCAACGCCGACCGUCGUCGCCGUCGAUCCAGACGCGUCUCCCGACGCGACCAACUCCGACGGGCCUCAACUGGCGGGCCUGGGUGGAUUGAACAUUGACAAUGAGCCCGGCGCUUCUCAACAGGCUCCUGCCUUUGCAGGCCAGCGCAUUGCCGAAUACGAGAGAGCCAUGACGCCAUCUACACCCAAACAUCCUUCGGGGUUCACUGUCACCAAACGCGUCGGAUCUCCUUCCGAAGGCGUACAAUUGACAGACUUUCCCAAUGAAAUAUUGACGCAUGUCAUCUCGCAUCUGCAUCCAGAUCUCCAGUCUGUUGUUGCCCUCGUCUCCAAGCGAUUCUAUGCGCUGGUCACCGAGCCCCAUGCUUGGCGCAUGGCAUUCACGCGCUUCUUCCCCGGGCGCGAGUCUGUCUUUCCUACGAAGAAAGCAGAUGUGACUCUGCGCGAUGCCGACGAGCACAAUGCCGUACGAUCAGAAACUCGCGAGUUCACACGUCUGACCGCACUUGCCAGUUGGCGCAGCGAAUAUCUGUUGCGAAAUCGCCUACUCAGGGGCGCAGCUCGAGGGAAGCCCGGUGCUACUUCUGGCAUCGGGUCAGCGUCUCGCUCAAGCAGCAGCAAGAAGGCCGCUGCUGUCCUGACCUACAAUUCGAAGCUGCCUUGGAUGAUUACCAACGUGCACGCCGUUUUCUCCAAUGGCAAGAAGCCGCCCCGCGUCACCCAUGGUGCCGCAGAUCUCUGUGUCGUUACCUCGAGCGAUCCGACAAGUGGCAAGGUCGAGAAGACGGGCCUGGACGAUCCUUUCUCCUUCGCGCAAUUGGACGAGAUGUUUCCGUCUCUCGACCCGUAUGGCGUUGGCGAAGGGCCGGCCGCAGUGCGGAAUGUAAUGGAUGUCAGCCAAUCGUAUGGCACCGUUGGUGGUGAGGGCUUCCCUGGUGGGAGAGCCUUCUUUCGACCUGCAGGAAAGCCUCGCGGCUUUUAUCUUGGCGCACAGGACAAUGCCAUCGUUGACCAGAGCCCGGAGAUCCCCAAGAUUCCAGAGCUCUCUGACGCCAUUUCGUGUGUCUGGAUCGCCAAAUCUUCGGUCGUGCCGUCCAUAACUCAAUCAAUGGUCGGCAUCAUGACUGGCUCCACACUCGGCGUCAUCACGACGUAUGCUCUUGGCUCUGAUUCCACUGGUCCCCGUUUCACCAACGGCGAUAUCACGGCCCGAUGGGUUGUUAGCCCUGGUGUUCCAAUCAUCGCUCUCAAGGUAGAUGAUAACUACAGUCUGAGGAGAAGAGCCGUCGGCCGAGUCUUUGCUGUUGCGCUCAAUGCUCUUGGAGAAGUCUACUACCUGACUGACACUCCCAAACCCUUGAUGGCAACGAAAGUCAAAGGCCAGGACCCCACCAGAACGGCCUGGUAUGCUGGCCGUUCUGUAUAUUGGGAUCUAGUGGAGCCGACUCGCCGCACCGCACGCCCGGAUGAUCUGGACAAGAAUGCCAUUCGGGGCGCCUACUCGCCCAGGUCCCCUUCCGAUGCCAUGGAUUUGAGUACGGAGCAGCUUGUUGCUGAGGCAAAGGAGAUCGAAAAGUUCCUGCGCUAUAAGCCUUCUCACUUCAGAAGAGUCUGCAUAGGCUGGGACAUGCGCCGAAGGCUUGAGGUCGACUUCGGCGGAUGUGAUGAGUUCUCUGCAGGUGAAGGCAUAUUCGUCAUCGACUGUGGCUUGGAGGAAGCUGUUCCCCCCAAGGUUACGAGAUACACGCGGAGGCUCGCCAAUCCGCAGACCGAUGCACCAGAGGGAGCCUCAUCUGAUCUUGGCCAGCAGGUUAGCUCCCUCUUUGGCGGCGGCAGAGAUCGCCAUGAGGAGGUGGGCACAGAGCGUAUGAGGUCCGGCUUGGCCACUCCUGUAUGGCCCCGGGCAGAGUCUCAAGGAAACCCCCCCUCGGCUCUGAUGGACUGGGGUAUCUCGACUUGUUCAUUCAAAUGCCCACGGCUCACGGAGAUCACCGCGAGCGCCAUGGACAACUCCCUCUAUGCUGUCCUGACCUCCUUUGAAGACCCACUGCAGACGGGACCGGCACAGACAAGCGGCACUGCAACUCCCAUCCUUCCCAAGGCCCCUUCAGCGGAGAUCCCCGGCAGGAGGGCUCGGCUGAUCGCAAUCGGGACCGACACUGGCGCAGUUUUUGUUUGGAAUGCGCGUGAUAACAGCACCGGCGAAGUUGAGCCGCUUCGAGUCAUCCAGACUGAAUCUCCAGAGGUAUCGUGCCUGGCCUUGUCAGCUUUGUAUCUUGUCCACGGCGGAAGUGAUGGACUCGUCCAGGCUUGGGAUCCUCUGGCUUCCACCACUGAUGCGAUUCGCACGCUGAACUCGCGAUCGUCGGGUCGGAUUCCUCGGCAUGUCAUCAAUGCCAAUCCUACUCUCCGUCAGGCGGACUAUUCAUCAGUCGGGGCCAUCGUCCUCGAUCCAGACCCGACAGUGCUCCGCGGAGUGGUCGCAUUCGGCAUCUUUCUUCGGUACUGGAGCUACAGCGCCGCCACUCAGCCCGCCGGGCGCAAGCGCAGACUGCGUCACGCGGACAUACACGGUCGCCUCGUGAGCCGGCGCCACGGCGGCGGAGUCUUGGGCUACAUCGCCGCCGAGGAGGCGGAACUCCGCCACGAGCAGGAGCGUCGCAAACGCGAGGACGACCGGCUGCGCAACCGUUUCGGGGUCGGCCUGGGCGAUCUCACCGAAGAGGAAGCCAUCAGGUAUGCCCAGAUGAUCUCUGAAGAGUCUCUGCUGCUGGACGAGCAGCGCCGCCUCAGUGCCAGUGACACGGGCUCCGCUGCCGACACGGGCGAGACCGCCUCGUCCACCGGCAGUGCCGGGUCGACCGACACCGUCACGCCCGAGCCAAGCCUCUCCGGACUCAGCGGCUCUGGUGCGGGCCCCUCCAGGGCUGCCUUCACCCCGCCCGUCCAGGAAGAGACCGACGACGACUACGAGCUCCAGAUCCAGCAGGCGCUCCGCCUCUCGCUGCUCGAGGGCGUCAACGACGCGGGCCAGUCUCCGCGGGGCAGCAACAACAACAACAGCUCGGGCGAGUACGAGUUCUCGGUCAGGUACAAGCCGAGCAAGAAGGACAAGGGCAAGAGAUCCCCCCCGCCAGUGGGCAGCUCGCCCCCAGGCAGCCGCCGGUCGCACGCGUCUGCCGUCGUUCAGGAUGCCGCUCCUCCUUCUGCUCCUCCCGUCGGCCCCACGGGCAGCCUGGAUCCGGACGACGAGCUGGAGCUCGCGCUGCGCUUGAGCCUGCAGGAGGAGGAAGAGCGCCAGUCCCGUGUCAAGGCCCUCGGUCUCGGCUUGCAGGAGGACGAGUUCCCGGACUUGGAGGUCAGGGGCAAAGGCAAGGGGAGGCAGCUUUGA